AUGGCGACAGGUCUGUUUGCAUCCUUACCAAAACCCAAAUAUACUGGAGAACACGAAGAAGUCCCUGUUCACGCACAACCCAAGGGUCCUCGAAUUGUAGGACCGGGAGUUAUCGAUCAAUCCCAAAUUGUUGUUAGGCGUUCGGGUCCUCCCCCAUAUGGUCAACGCUCAGGAUGGAGACCGCGAUCUGUAGAAGACUUUGGCGAUGGGGGAGCCUUUCCAGAAGUUCCUGUCGCUCAGUAUCCUUUAGACAUGGGUCGCAAAGGCACCGCCUCGACUUCGAACGCCCUUGCGAUUCAAGUAGAUGGCGAAGGAAAAGUCAAAUAUGAUGCGAUUGCCAGACAGGGCCACAGCGAAGACCGAAUCAUUCAUUCCAGUUUUAGAGAUUUAAUACCGCUACGACAGCGAGCAGAUGCGGGAGACUUAAGCCUGGAUCGACCGGGUCAAGAGGAAGUACAAGCGACGGCAGAGAAAACAAAACUGGCGUUGGAGAAGUUGGUGUCUGGGGCGGUGGCUGCACAGAAACCGAAGAAUGUCAAGGGCGCAACCCGAGAUGAGCCUACGUACGUGCGAUACACCCCAGCAAAUCAAAUGGGUGACAAUUCGAAGAAGAAUGAUCGAAUAUUCAAGAUUGUCAAACGGCAGGAAGAUCCCAUGGAACCACCCAAAUUCAAACACAAGAAGAUUCCUCGUGGCCCACCAAGCCCUCCACCGCCUGUCAUGCAUUCACCGCCUCGGAAGUUGACGGCCGAAGAUCAAGAAGCCUGGAAAAUUCCUCCUCCCAUCUCCAACUGGAAGAAUCCGAAGGGUUAUACCGUUCCUCUCGACAAGCGAUUAGCGGCGGAUGGGCGAGGGUUGCAGGAUGUCACCAUCAACGAUAAAUUUGCCCAAUUUGCAGAAGCGUUAUUUACGGCGGAUCGACAUGCACGUGAGGAAGUGAAAUUACGAGCACAGAUGCAACAGAAACUGGCCGAGAAGGAGAAGCUGGCCAAGGAAGAACAUCUGCGGGAGAUGGCCCGAAAAGCGAGAGAAGAAAGACAGCGGGCUGCCGGUGGCCGGAGAGACUCGGAUUCCCGACGGCGAUCGCGGUCGUACUCGGGAUCAUCAUAUGAUUCGAGAUCUCGAAGCGACAGUGAAGACGAGGCUGCCAGGGACAGAGAGCGGGCAAGGCGAGAACGAAGACAAGAACACGAGCGACAAUUACGGCAAAGCCGGAUGGGCACCGAGAAGAGAAUUCAGAUGAUGGCACGAGAACAAAAUCGAGACAUCUCGGAAAAGGUGGCACUGGGCCUCGCGAAGCCCACGCAGAACAAGGAAACCAUGUAUGACUCCCGCCUAUUCAACCAAACGUCCGGAUUCGAGGCCGGUUUCAACGAGGAUCAGCCUUAUGACAAGCCUCUAUUUGCCACCCACGACGCCAUCAACAGCAUAUAUCGACCAUCAGCGAAUCAAGAUGAUGAAGACGGCGAAGAUGCUGCAGAGAGUGCCAUGGGCAAGAUCCAGAAAUCCAAUCGCUUCGAGGUUCUGGGACGCGCGAAAGAGGGCUUCAAAGGUGCAGAUUUGGCAGAGCGUGAAGCCGGCCCUGUGCAGUUUGAAAAGGACAAAGAUGAUCCGUUCGGUAUUGAUAGCCUCAUUGGAGAGGCUUCAGGGAGGAAUAAUGGUGAAAGCAAGAAGAGAUAUGGUCUGGAAGAAGCCGGGCCAAGUGACCGGGGGGGGAAAAGGGCGAGGAUUGGCGAUGAUGACUAG